AUGCUUCCUACGCACAAUAGGUCCGUCAGCGCCUUGUCCGGCUCCGCUAUUGCGGCGUUCUUACUUUCGGAAGGAAUGCAACUGGCCCCCUCAGCCAUUUCGAGGAUUAAAGCUGCUAUUGACGCAUUGACUUGGGCUACAGCACAUGGCGACGACGAGCUGGCCCCAUUCCUGCGCGAAAAACGUGAUCAGCUCGCGGCCGCUACCAGCUUCUGCAAAAUAACCCCCUGUCUGGAAGGAUCUUACAUGGUUCGAUACAUGGGUCCCUCAAAGCAUGACGGCUACAUUCAUCCUUGGCGCCACGUCGACCUACCGGCGCGGAGCUGCACUUGUGGAGGGUGGGAAGACUUCGAGUUUCCCUGUGUGCAUGCGGUGUGUGCUGCAAUUCGCGAGGGUACGCGUAUCAGCAGUGUUUACGACGCUAAGCGGCUAUCGAUCAAGCACUUUACGGCAACGUACACAAAGCGCUUUAUCCCGCUCCCAAUCGAUGGACAGCUACGCAUCGAUACAACUUUGAAGCUUCCAGCCCUUCAGAUCCCCCCACUCCAGAAAGGUAAACGAGGAUUG